CCGUCUCUGGCCGGGACGGGUCUCUUUCAACCUCAACCGUUUGAUCGUCCGUCGCCGCCGCUCUGCUUCACCAUCCAUCACCACCACCACCGCCACCCUCCGCGUCCGCCUCCCAGGCUCGCUGCCGUCGUCCGCCGCCCGCCGCCCGCUCCAAGGCACACAAUACCGCGCCCAUGUCCUUGUUAUAGAAGAGCCUCGACCUUGGUCCCCUCCCUCGACCCGCCACAACCCUCCAUCGUCCGCCCGCCCUCCCGCUUCAACCAGGUGGUGACUCCGGCGCGCCCAAGCACCCCGGCCGGCCAUCUCGACUGGCACCCCGUCGUGCACGACGCGACGCAGCGUCACAGCACAACCUUUGUGACGGCGCAACCAUGAACAGCCCGCCACAGCCCCGAAUGACGACGACUUUAUCCUCCGACAAACCUACUCAUGCUCGCUCCAAUGCUCUCCAAGACGCAAUCUCUGCUGUUGCCCACGAUGCCUCUGCAUCGCCAGCCCAGUCCGCCGUUCUCUUCCGGGCCAACACCAUCGCGCCUUCGCCUCCCCCGUCCCAGAUAGAACAACAGCAUCCGAGGCUGCUCCCGACGACUGCUCAAUCCGCCACGGACAAGUCCUCGAACGGCCCCGCGACGCCCCUUCGAAUAUCCACCGACCUCCAACCGCGCACUCCGAACGCGUCGACUGCCCUGCCGCCGCCUGAUUCUCUUAGCUCCAACAGGAAUUUGUCGCCGUCGCGCUUCACAGCCCGCAAGGCCUCCGCUGGCAGCCUCCACUCAGUGUCGAGAACGCCGAGCCUCAAAGCCGCCCUCACAAACAGCAUUGGAUCCGCUGGGACCAGUAGCGUCAUCCCGAGCCCCGUCAUCGCGGCCAUGGGCGACAUGACACCCCUGCCGAGCCCGCUACUGUCUGGUGACUCCCCCGGGCCGUGGAAGAAGCUGGGACCUGCCGAGCCCUCGUCGCCUCCCCGCCGCGCCCGGCUACGAAGCCUGGGAGAGGCAUCGGUGCUCGUCACGUCCGGAGGCGAGCCAAUCGAAGUGGCUGCCGCUCACGCUUCGAAACGCAAGAUGUAUGCCAGCCUCGACGGAGCACAUGCCGUCCCGCCGCCACCAAUCUCCCACGACAUGCAGCAGUCCCAGCAGUCUCAUCACUCGAGGGCCCGAAGCAUCAGCGACUACGUCCCGGAGCCCAUGACCUCGCCUAAGCGACCCGUGGUCGUCUCGGGCUCGCAUGCUAGGAGAGCUCCCUCGGACAGCAUGGAGGCGCAUAUCAGGAGGGAACCCAAUUAUGCAGAGUCCCGCGGCCUGACUGCCGUUGCACCCCCCCCCACGCCCCCUCCCAGUGAGUCGUCAAGGGACUCGUCCGACGCGACCAAACCCAAGGAAUCGCGGUACGAGUAUUUUCAUGCCCGGACCAGGGGCGACAACAAGCUGCGGCGAUGGAGGGCCAUCAGCUUCCUUGGCCAGGGCACCUUCAGCCGGGUCAUGCUUGCUACAAGUCAGACGGACCCCGGGGGUGGCACAACCACGCAGCCGGGCUCAGGGUCUAUGUCGCCCGCCGCCGACGGCAGCUUGGAUCGCAAGAAGCUGGUGGCGAUCAAGGUCUGUGAACAUGGACCCCGUGGCGGCGCGUCUGAGGAGCGCGUCGAGAUGAGCCUGAAGCGCGAGCUUGAGAUCAUGCAGAGCAUACAUCACCCGUCACUCGUCAACCUCAAAGCGUGGAGUAUCGAGCCCACGCGGGCCAUCCUGGUGCUGAGCUACUGCCCUGGCGGCGACCUGUUCGACAUUGCCACGGCUCACCGGAGCAUUUUGAAGCCUGCACUGAUGAGGAGAAUGUUUGCCGAGAUUGUUGGUGCGGUCGGCUACCUGCACGAGCGGCGCAUCGUCCAUCGAGACAUCAAGCUCGAGAACGUGCUCGUCAACCUCACGCCGGAAGAGCUCGGAGAUCCGGCCAUUGACUGGCAGACAUUUCCCCAUUCAAUCGUCACCGUCGCCGACCUCGGCCUCUCGCGCCGCAUCGCUGAUGACGAGAAGCUCGAGACGCGAUGCGGCUCCGACGAUUAUGCCGCCCCUGAGGUCAUCAUGGGCCAGCCCUACGACGGCCGCGCCACCGAUGCCUGGUCUCUCGGUGUGCUGUUGUACGCCCUGCUCGAGGCCCGUUUGCCCUUCGAUCCGCAUCCCGGGAUGAGCGAUGCCCACCGCAUGCGCAGCCGCACCAGCCACCGCAUCGCGCGCGUGGAGUGGCGAUGGGCCGAGUACGCCGGCGAAGACGGCGACCACGAGGCCAACGAGGCCAAGUUUGCCGAGAACAACCUCCUCGGCGCCAUGGAGAUCACCGAGGGUCUCCUCAAGCGGGCUCGCAGUCGCUGGAGCGUCGCCAAGGUGGCCGCGCAAGAGUGGGUGCGGGAUGCCCUCAAGAUACCUGGUGGCCUUCAGUUUAGGGAAGAAGACGACGGACAGGAGGUGUAACGACAUCAGCUUUUACCUACCUCUUCGUUUUCCGCCUCGCUCAGCCAAUGGACUUGGAGUGGCGCCAUUUCGAGUAUUGUCCGUCUCCCUUGCCCUGUUUUCUUUGCGAUUUAAGACGGACGUGCUAUUGUUCUCUCACUUCAGCCGCGCGUAAUGGAGUUUGUUCACCUCCUAUACCUAUUUAUAUGUCCCUAACACAGCUUCACUUCAAAACUUUGCGUCACUAGGGUCUGUUUUUCUAGGGAAUUGUUUCCUUUUACCAUGACACAUGUUUCUGUUGUUUUGUUCGAUUCUCCCCAUCCUCUUUCGUUCUCUUCUUUUCGUAACGACAGGAGGUGCGGACGGCUUUUGCGAUGUUUCAACGGUUAACGAUGUAUACUGGCGGCGCACGGGCGAUGGAACGGGGAGACAGAGGGACGACGGAAAGGGACAAAGCCAAGAGCAGAAAUGGACAGGGGUCGACGGGACAGGAAUCGGACAGGUAGGCGUGAACGGAGGAGGACGGACAAACAGAUGAGAGGGGCACACAGACGGAAACGGAUAUGAUGGGUUGGGAUGGUGAGUCCGUUCGCUUCCAAACGCAAUUGUUGUAUUGUACGUACUCAACGCCGGCGCAGAGCCGGGAACCCAAAACACUUGGAAUAGAAUAGCAGCGGCUGGACAAUUGAAGCCCAUUGCCCUUGUGGCUACUUGGU